CCCACUCAUGCAUUUCUGGUGUUCCGCUGACAGAAGCUCAACUCACUGUUUCACACUUGACUCCAGAGAUCCGCCCUCGAUCGUCAAGGCCUUUUUGGGACGCUUUUCUGCAGGUCCAACACUCACCUGCGACCUUAAAUGGACCAGACUAAUGGAUUGGUUGGGUCAAGCACUGCAUAGCAUCCGGGAGCAUCUGUGAUCUGAGCCUGGAUCCGUGUGCACGCGCGCUGUCCAAUCCCACGGAUCUGCAUUUACAACUCACCAGAACGCUUUUUUGGAUAGACUUCACUGUCACUGUAUAUUGGAUUGGAAAAUGUCCCUAAGGAAUUGCAAGGCAGGGUUCUCUGUCCGUGAUAUUUUAGACCUCCCGGACACGAGCGACGAAGGAUCAGUGACUGAAGACACUGAAGAUGAGGCUGAUGAAGGACUCUCUGGAAAGCAGCAGCACGCGUCCUCCACUGAUGCGCUUUGGCUCGGAUCUCCAUGUGGCCACACAUAUCCAACAGUGCCAUCGGCAUCUCCAGAGGACUUGAAUCCAGAACUGUCCACGGAUGAGUCUGUGGAUCGGGAUAGGGAGAGUUCGGAGGACUCGGGGAAAAAGCGCAAACGGAGAAUCCUCUUUUCAAAGACGCAAACGUUUGAGUUGGAGAGACGCUUCAGGCAACAGAGAUACUUAUCCGCCCCUGAGAGAGAACAUCUCGCUAAGCUCUUACAUUUGACUCCGACGCAAGUGAAGAUUUGGUUCCAGAACCACCGGUAUAAAGUGAAGAGAGCCCGGGCUGAGAAAGGCAUGGACCCGUAUCUGCUCUCUCCUCCACGGCGCGUUUCUUUCCCAGUCCUGGUGAGGGACGGAAGAGCGUGUCAUCUUCUCAGUCCUCAGGACAUCACUACAGCGGCACCCUAUUCUGCUUUUAAUAUCAAGCAGUUCCCCCAGAUUCAUCACAGUCAUAACAUCUGCAUGACACAUCUGACACCUGUCAAUCAUCUGGGUCACAUGCAGCCCUGGUCCUGGUGAAGACAGCUUUUACGCGGCGGAACUUUCAACAUAUAAAGUUGUUUUCGUCACAUGUUGCAUCAUUAAUUAUAUUUCUACAAUGUGGAAAUAUAUUUUUAAAUGAGUUUU